AUGAGCGCGUUGUGUCGUCUGCCCUUGCGGGCAUUCGCCAGUCCCGCCGCGGUUAUCGGUAAAUCACCCUCGAUUCCCGCCUCGUUCCAUUCUAUUUCGAAACCGUCGCUGCGUCCGUCGCCUUCUCGCGAGAUUAUUAGAUCUUCAUGGAGUCGCCGUGUCGAGCGUCAGGCUCUUUCCUCGGGUCGCUGGCACUCGAGCUCGUCUCAGGCUGGGUUAAAUACGGAGAAGAUCUCGGAGAACAAGACAAAGGACUCUGGCUCGAGUAAAGGUCAGCGAAAGGCGAUCAAGUAUUUGGCCGUCUUCGGUGUGCUUGGCUUGGGCGCAGUGGUCUUUUCCGAUCAGUACAUGCAUGCAUACCGCGCCGCGGCGAGAAGUGGUCGCGUGGUCGGCACCCUAGCUGUCUGCAUUAACGACUACCGCGUCACCCUCAACAAAGAAACCUCCUCUCCCGAAGAACGCGAUGAUCUGAUCAAGGCUUGCCACAAGCGUUGUGCGGAGCGCACUCUGCGUGUACUGGAAACUAACGGAUCAAUAUUUAUCAAGCUUGGCCAGCAUCUGAGUAGCAUGGGAUACCUGCUUCCUAUCGAAUGGACCACCACUUUCAUCCCUCUCCAGGACAAAUGCCCCGUGUCGUCGAUUGAAUCAAUUGGCGAGAUGUUCCAAAAAGACACUGGUCAGACUAUCGACGAACUGUUCAGCUACUUCGAUCCGAUUCCCACUGGUGCUGCUUCUCUGGCGCAGGUGCACAUUGCCACAUUGCGCGAAACUGGUCAAAAGGUUGCAGUCAAGGUCCAGCACCCAGCGCUCGCUGAAUGGGUUCCUCUGGAUCUGGCCCUGACUCGCUUCACUUUCUCUAUGCUGAAGAAGUUCUUCCCGGAGUACGACCUUGAAUGGCUGUCUCGAGAAAUGGAUCUGUCCUUGCCCAUUGAACUUGAUUUCCGCUGCGAGGCCCAGAACGCCACCGAAGCCAGCGAAUACUUCAAGAAACACUCAGAUAUUCCUUUGGUCAUUCCGGAAGUGAUGUGGUCUCAAAAGCGCAUCCUAGUUAUGGAGUUCAUCUCAGGCGCCCGUCCCGACGACCUCGCCUACCUGGACGCAAACCACAUUGACCGUGACGAAGUCUCCGCAGCCUUCGCCCACAUUUUCAACGAGAUGAUUUUUGGUGACAAUGCUCCUCUGCACUGCGAUCCUCACGGUGGAAACAUUGCCAUUCGCCCGAACAACACUCGUCGCCACCCGAACUUCGAUAUCAUCUUGUAUGACCACGGCCUGUACCGUACCAUUCCGCGCGACCUGCGCCGCAAUUACGCCAAGCUCUGGCUAGCCGUCAUCGACGCCGACGUCCCACGCAUGCGCGAGUACGCUCAAAAGGUGGCCGGUAUCACAGACGAGCAGUUCCCGCUAUUUGCCAGUGCUAUCACUGGCCGAGACUACAGCGUUCUCAAGAAGAACGUUGCCUCAGCGCGCACGGCAGAGGAGAAGAAGGAGAUCUCCGGCGCUCUAGGUGAGGGUAUGCUCCAGCAACUAGUCGAGAUGCUGGGUCAAGUACCCCGAAUUAUUCUACUGAUUCUCAAGACAAACGAUCUCACCCGCAGUCUCGACGAAAACUUACAAACCCGCCAAGGCCCCGUGCGCACAUUCCUCAUUCUAGCACGGUACGCCACGCGUUCCGUCUUCGAAGAACAAAUGGAAUCAAUCCGCGAAUCCGGCGGCGUCUUCUUCAACUUCUUCCGGUUCAUCUCUGCCUGGGCUGGGUUCCUGCGCGUCGAGGUGAAGCUGUCUGUGUACGAGACUGUGCUUUCUCUGAAGAGUCGCCUUGGUAUGAGGACAGGUGUCUGA